UCGCAAUCGAGCUGCCACAAAGGAAUCGUCCACCAUUGUCAUGUAACUCAGCCUCAUGGGUUAUGCUCCGUUUAUAGUAUAAAGAGGAUCAAUUUAUCGCAGCAAUGGCGCGUCCAAAGGCUAUCCGUGCGCCUACAGCCGCCAGUCUACCCAACACUCUCCGCAUCCCCUCCUCGACCCCGUCUCUCAUAAAGUCAUUCUCACGGCUAUCCCGCCAGGCUCUUCUGGACCUGGUAUUCCAGUGGCUCGACGAUCGCAACGCGCAAUUGUUUCCCCCAUAUCUUGAGCAAGACGAAGCUGACAACGCCGAUGACGACGAACUCAGCCCGUACCCGGCAGCCGAAACGACCGAGGACGUCCGGAAUGCUUACCAGGAUUUACAAGAUAGGAAGGGCGGCAAACGCGAGGUGAUUGAUCGUAUAUUGGAGGGCGACUGGCGACACGGUAUUACCUUGCGCCAACUCGCAAUGGUGGACAUUCGGUAUAUGGAGGACCAUCCAGCAAGUCUGCGAUGGACCGCAUUUGAACUCAGUCGCAUUAGCAUGGAUGGAUCUCGAUCCGCAGGAGCAACGGCGCCAGACGUUUCCGCAUGUCUACCACGCAUCCACGCCGCUACUUUCCUGAGCAACCUUCAGCAGCAGAUUUCUCCCCUGGUGAAAGCGCAUUACCACCUCGUCCGCUCGGCCUCGCUUCCGCUCUCAUUCCUGCGCAUCUUAGUAACCAAUUCUCCAUACCAAAGCCCUCGCCAGCCACCUGAGGCUCUGACGGACUCAUCGCGAGUGAUGUACGUCGCUUUCCCCGACAGUUGCCCAUUCAUCUACACGUCAAUAGCAACAUCGCCCGUCGCGAAAUCAAAUACGUCCACCCACCAUGCCGUCGCAACCGAUGCUCGGAGUCUGCAGCGCAUUGUACGAGAUGCCUUGCCUAAAGCGUUAUCGCGGCCACAAGAACGAUAUGCCUUGAAAGCGACCUCUCUGACUGCGAAGAAUCUGCAAGCUUUGCUGGCGCUCCGCGGUCCCGGAAGAUCCAACGCGGCCAAUGGGGCGUUCAGUAUAUUCGCCGACGCCGUACUCGAAGGGAGCCCCUUGGACCCACGUCCGUCGGAUACGAUUUCUCCAGAAGAGCACUUCCACCAAGACUCAGACCCUGGCAAGGAGAAUGAAAUCCAGGAGGACAGCAACACAAGCAAAGAGACGGAGCCUACUUCCCAUAUCGCCAAGAAACGCAAAUUAGCCGUUCACUCUCGUUUUGGCACAUCUGGAACCCUCUCGUCUGCCCCUCUGGACCGCCUUGACGUGCGCCUGCUUGAUCCGCCGAACGAUGAGGAUGACGAACCUGAUGUGGACCGCACCCAACCAACAGUAUCUCUCACAUUUGCCGGCUCGGACGUCAUCAGCGGCAUCCGCAAGCUCGCCGAACUGGGUGUUGUCGAGCCGGAGCGUAUGCCGUCCUGGAUGACGGGCGAAGAAGCAGUCAGCGUAGCUGUUGUUCAUCGAGGAAAGCGUGUAAUCAAAGCUGGUUGACGGCAGGGACUAGUCUCCAGAAACUUGAUCGCCAACCAGCAACACAUUCUGAGGGAGAAUGACGCCUUAACCCCUCCGAUGCAACUGCCGCGGAGCAGUAAGGCGGCCCGCGAAAUGCAGCCGUACAGACCCCGGGACUUCAGUACGUCCAUGCACUGAACAUUGGACGAGCGGUAUCGUCAAGGUCGAUAGCGCGGGCACAGGAGAUUACCUGUCAAGCCUCUUGAUGUACAGCGACCAGGCGAGCAGAAUCCGAGUUUGCUCCGAGCCUCAUAAGGUCGAUAGAUGGAAAUAUUGAACAUCUACGAAUUACACAGCUACACAGCAGUGCCUGGGGCAGCAAGCGAAGUAUCUUGGAAAACAUCAAACAACACAAAUACAGAUAGGGGUAUAUAGCAAUCUAGCAAUCCAAAACCCAGUGACCGAC